AUGGACACACACAGUGACGGGUUGGACCACCGCUCCUCCCUCGCGUGGGAGCAGCGCCUCCGCGUAUGCAUCGGCGCUGCUCGCGGCUUGGAUUACCUACACAGCGGCAUCUCAAUCGUGCAUCGCGAUGUCAAGUCCACCAACAUUCUCCUGGACGAAGAUUUCGUCGCUAGGGUUUCCGAUUUCGGCCUCGCGAUGCAAUUGGGGGCGACUAGCCACGUCACUGCAAGUGUUAAGGGCUUGUUUGGGUAUUUCGAUCCCAGUUAUUUCACCACUGGUAGACUUACCAGGAAGAGCGACGUGUAUGCUUUUGGAGUGGUGUUGUUGGAAGUGUUGAGUGGGAGGGCUGCUGUGGAUCAUCGCCUUUCCGAGGAUGAGUUGUGCCUAACCAUGUGGGCUCAUGAGAAGAUUAUAAAGGGUAAAUUUGAUCAGCUUGUAGCUUCCAAUCUCAGGGGAGAAAUAUCGGAGGAUUGUCUCAAGACAUACGUUGAUCAUGCUAAGCGAUGCGUGCAUCAAAAUCUGAUGAAUCGACCAACGAUGACUCAAGAGUAG